CGCAGCGACCGAGGCGUUGCGGCUGCGGCAGGAGCUCGAGCCAAACUCUCCGCGCGGCCCUGCGCGGCCCGGGAAGGAAGGCGCGGCGGCGCACUCGCGAGGGGCGCCGAGCAGCCCGGGGUCGCCCCUCUCGAGUCGCGCCGGGUGUGGCACGCAGGCGACACUGCCCCCCCCCCCCUCCGAGGUCCGGUCCCCCCGAAGGAGCGGGUCGAGCGCACACUUGCGGACGGACGAGGGCGAGGGAGAGCGCGGAGCUGCGAGCGAACCCGGCGCGAUGAGCGGCGAGGGCGGCUACAACUUCAGGCGGGUGGCUAUCCGGCGGAAGUCCAGUCCGUCCUACCUGCCGCCCGGGACCCCACGGCCCUGGAGCAGGCCCUCGCCACACCUGGGACGGGCCGAGCCGGCCGCCUUCAGGAGCCAGGCGCCCGCAGACGGCGCAGGCAUCAGUACCUGUCCAAAGAUCACUCUAGUUCCACCUUGUGUGAAAAGCAGCACAACCCCACGGGUUGAUCAGAAUGUAUCUGAUGAAGAGGCUCAGGGAAUAAAUGGAAAAACGCCAGCAAAACACUCAGCUGCAAGUCCAAAGCCACAAGUGCCUCCAAAGCCAUUACAUCUGCAGAAUCCACCUUCGUCUAAUAUACACCAAACUCCCAGGCAUAAAGCUUUAUCUAGUGCAAAACCAAGGAUGGAGGAAGUUAAACCUGCCUCUGCUUCUUGUGUCUCAAAAGAAAAACCCAGCAAGGUAUCUGAUCUCAUCAGUCGCUUUGAAGGAGGCAGCACAUUAUCAAAUUACAGUGAUUUGAAGAAAGAUUCUGCUGUGCACCUGAAUGCUCCUAGGACACCAGGAAGGCAUAAAUUGACAACCACCCCUCAGCAAAAGCUCCUCUCCCAGCAUCCACCACAGAAGCAGGGAAAUGACACAGAUCCAACUCAGGGUGUACAGACUGGUGUGGCUAAUGGUGUGAUGGCAGCACAAAACCAGAUGGAGUGUGAGGAGGAUAAAGCGGCCACUCUUAGCCCAGAUACUCCUAUUCAAGCUUCAGAACCCUUGCUUGCUAUGAACUUAGUGAAUGGAGAAGGAAAGGAGAAAACUACCACAGAACCCGCAUCACCCACGGCAAAUGACUAUGAUGGAAACGCGUCUGAUAGUAGCUGCAGGACCUCCACUGUCAGCCAAGUGCUCCCCCUAGAAGAAGGAAGGGCAGAUGCGGAAGCAAACGUGCAAGAGCGGGAAGAUGGAGAAAGCCCUCUGGAACAGCUGGACCAGAACCAGGAGAUGAAGGAAACUAAUGAACAAAAACUUCACAAAAUAGCCAACGAACUUUUGCUUACAGAAAGAGCUUAUGUCAACCGACUUGACCUCUUAGAUAAGGUAUUUUACUGCAAAUUAUUGGAAGAAGCAAAUCGAGGCUCAUUUUCAGCAGAGAUGGUGAAUAAAAUCUUUUCUAAUAUUUCAUCAAUAAAUGUCUUCCAUAGUAAAUUCCUAUUGCCAGAGCUGGAAAAACGAAUGCAAGAAUGGGAAACUACCCCUAGAAUUGGUGACAUCCUUCAGAAAUUGGCACCAUUCCUUAAGAUGUAUGGAGAAUAUGUGAAAGGAUUUGAUAAUGCAAUGGAAUUGGUUAAAAACAUGACAGAGCGUAUCCCCCAGUUCAAAUCAGUAGUUGAAGAAAUUCAGAGACAGAAGGUGUGCGGGAGCUUGACUUUGCAGCACCACAUGCUAGAACCUGUUCAGCGGAUCCCCCGGUAUGAGAUGCUCCUCAAGGACUACCUAAGGAAGUUGCCCCCUGACUCUCCAGACUGGAACGAUGCUAAAAAAUCACUUGAGAUUAUAUCUACGGCAGCAAGCCAUUCUAAUAGUGCAAUAAGAAAAAUGGAGAAUCUAAAGAAACUCUUAGAGAUUUAUGAAAUGUUGGGAGAGGAAGAAGACAUUGUCAAUCCUUCAAACGAACUCAUAAAAGAAGGACAGAUCCUGAAACUCGCUGCUCGGAACACAUCAGCACAAGAACGCUACCUUUUCUUAUUCAACAACAUGUUGCUGUAUUGUGUACCAAGAUUCAGCUUGGUGGGCUCUAAAUUCACAGUUCGAACCAGGGUUGGCAUCGAUGGAAUGAAAAUUGUAGAGACCCACAAUGAAGAGUAUCCACACACUUUCCAGGUAUCUGGAAAAGAGAGAACACUGGAGCUACAAGCCAGUUCUGAGCAAGACAAAGAAGAAUGGAUCAAGGCGCUUCAGGAGACCAUUGAUGCUUUCCAUCAGAGGCAUGAAACCUUCAGAAAUGCAAUUGCAAAGGAUAAUGACAUGCACUCAGAGGUUUCUACUGCUGAGCUAGGGAAAAGAGCUCCAAGAUGGAUCCGAGAUAAUGAAGUAACAAUGUGUAUGAAAUGCAAGGAGUCUUUCAAUGCACUGACAAGGAGAAGACAUCAUUGUCGAGCAUGUGGACAUGUGGUUUGUUGGAAGUGUUCUGAUUACAAAGCUCAACUUGAGUAUGAUGGUGGAAAAUUGAACAAAGUUUGUAAAGACUGUUAUCAAAUAAUAAGUGGAUUCACGGACAGUGAAGAAAAGAAGAGAAAAGGAAUUUUAGAGAUUGAAUCAGCAGAAGUGUCUGGAAACAGCGUAGUGUGCAGCUUUCUUCAGUAUAUGGAAAAGUCAAAACCUUGGCAAAAAGCUUGGUGUGUGAUCCCCAAACAAGACCCUCUUGUGCUGUACAUGUACGGUGCCCCCCAGGAUGUCCGAGCCCAGGCCACCAUUCCACUCCUGGGUUACGUUGUGGACGAUAUGCCAAGGAGUGCAGACCUGCCACACAGUUUCAAACUGACCCAGUCCAAGUCUGUGCACAGCUUUGCCGCAGACAGUGAGGAACUGAAACAGAAGUGGCUGAAAAUCAUCUUUUUAGCUGUCACAGGUGAGACACCAGAUGGUCCCAACAAGCAUCCAACCACCUUGGAUGAUCAUCCUGAACCUAAGAAAAAAUCAGAAUGCUGAACUUCAGGACCAUCCACAGUGUGGAGGUCCUAAGAUUUACAGCUCAAGACAUUCCCAGCCCUCCUCAUUCAUCUCUUAGCACUUUAUGUUGAAAAAUAUAGGCUCUUAGAUGCAUCUUUUGGGGAAGUACUUUCCUAUGUUUCUGUAUUCAUAGUGAAACUAAUGUGCAGAGCCAUUCUACCGGUAAAAGUUUGAAAUAAUGUGAAAAUGGAACAUUUUUUAAUGAGCUAUUCCUUGCAUAUGUACUUUUGUCUUGAAGAAAAUGUUAUCAGUGGGUUCUAUCACUAUCAGGUUAGAAUAGGCCACCUCCAUUUAAGGUCCUGUAAUGUCUUCUCCUUCACAGGUAGGACUUGUAACCGUUUGAAAGAUAUACCUCCAUGUUGCCAAAAUAGAUCCGUGGUAAAAAUAAAUAAAUAAAUACAUACAUACAUACAUACAUACAUAUAUACAUACAUACAUACAGGGACAGUUUAGGCUAUUGUAUUAACUUAUUUAAUUUAGUUUAUAAAGCUCAAGCUGCAUAAAUGAUGUAUGUUCUUUUAAAACAACAAGGACAAAUUGUUGGUGUUCAAACUUUCAACUUAUUAAGAAAAGAUAAUACUUGUUUUUGUAGAAAUACUCCUAAGAAUAAAAUAUCUCAAGUAUAUAGCAAUUAUGUGUAUAUAGUAUUAAAUAUGAAUAUAAUUAUAUUAUACAUGCUUUUCUCUUCAGCUUUAGGUUCAUAUUUGUCUCUAAUUUAUUUUUUAAAUGUAAAGCAUGUUUUAUCUUGCAAUUGAACAGUGUUCUAAACUUUAAGAAAUGUUUUUGGUGAUUUAUGUUUAACUGAUUGACAUCUUAAGGUAUUGAUAUUUUUAUAAUAAGAAAAAGCAGUAAUUUAUUUGGCAUGGGAUAUAUUAGUUCCAACAAUAUUUUUAAAGUACUAUUUUUUCGUUCUGUGCCUAUUUAAAACAGUGCCUCUCUUUGAAGGUGCUAAUAAUACCUAUUGAAAUAUAUGAUGAGGGUGUAAUUAAUGCUUCAGUCUUGAUUAUUCUGAGAUAAAGUGCACUUUGGUCACUGGGAUGGUCAAAGUCACACAGGUUAUUUUAUCUUUCACAAUCUUGCAAUUGUUGCAGCAGUUAAUAUCAGCAUGUGCACAAAUUUUCACAGAAACCUAAACUGUACAAGAUACCUGACUCUAUACAGAACUGGGACAUAGGGAAACUACAUUGAUUGUAAUGUUUUUCUUUUCCAUAAGACUGUUCAAGUAUGGUCAAAUGCAGCCUAUAUAACUAACACUUCAGAUAACUGUAUGGGCCUAUUCCUUUGUCCGAUGGGGAACAAAAUUCACACGUGAUCACCUGUGUUUGAGGUGCAGGGAGAUAGAUAUUAGAGGAAGUUUAUGCUCAACUCUUUUAACCACCUCAGUGAGGAAGAGGAGGGAGAAACACAAUAAUGAAAAGCAAUAUUUUAAUGGCAAGUUUGGAGGAGGUACAAGAUGAUUGAAGAGAGUCUGAGCACUUUUUCUCAUCUUCUCGAGAAUUUUUAAUAGUCCAAACAUGAUUUCUUGUACAAAGGCUACUCUUCACCAUACUGUGGUUGUGACUAAAAUCUCACAUUAGUUUGACUAUUUAACUUAAUCUUUUUCUCAAAUUAGUAUUUUUCCCCCCAUGUAGCCUGUUAUACCCCAAACAUUAUCAUGUUUAAAUGCCUGAGUCAGCUAGAAAUCCACAAGAAUGACCCCACUAUCUUGGCCUUUGAGGAUGACACCUUAAAUGUAGAAUAGAUUCACUCAGAAUUUGAGACUGCCACACAUUUAUUCAGGCCUGCUGUUUUAAGAAAUAUUUAAAGUAUCUUUUUUCCCCACUCCAAAAAAGAAGGUAAACUGAUUAUGGCGUACACAGUUAGGUUACCUUCCUCUAUAAAAAAGGAAAGUCAGCCACGAUCAUUAACAUUAAAUCAAAUAUUUGGAGUCAGAAAGAGAUAAAGGUAGCUUCUUAGGCCCUAUCAAAUAAGGGACAGACUCAAAGAAAUGUUACAUUACUUCUCUUUUCUAGCUGCCAACCUUGGGUUGGGUAUGUAUGUACAACAUAUGUGUUCAGGGUGGCUUUUGAGAAGGUUACACUAUAGCUAUAGAUGAUGUGUUGGUGUUCUUAAUCUCAAGAAAAGAGAAGCAAUAAAAAUGCAGAAUGAUUAUCAGUAAAACAUGACUUUCGUAAAUGUGGACAGAGCAAUGGAAACAUAAGGGCCAGUUAGAAGAUUUAUGGGCCAAGUUAGUUUUGAAAACUCUUUUGAACAGCAAGCAGACUACACUUUCCCUACCGUAAGUUCUUCUCCUGGGAAAUCGAGUGAUACGAACACACUCAAGUUUUGGCUGAGUAAAUAUCAGUGUCAUUUAAUUUAGGUUAUUGAGAGAACACUCCUGUAAAAAGAAUAUCAUCAUGCUCUUAACAUUAUCUUUAAUUUUAAAAAAUCAGAAAUAUUCGUACUAGAAGAGAAUUUCUGAUUAUUCAGUCACCGUCUUCAUGUUUCACCCCGUGUUCUUUAGACAAGCACAAAGAGAAGCACUGAAGCAGCCUUACCUGUUUCUCUUAAAGAAUCACUAAUGCUUUUACUUGGAGAAAGGCAAGGGCAUGCUCUUAGGCAUUUAGUAAACACUCAGCUAAACUAAAAGACUUCAAAGUGUGAUUGGUUUCAAGAACCAUCUCCAUCUUGGUUUUUGACACCCCUGAGCAGCCAUGACAAAUUGAACAUAAAAAAACAAUUAAUUGCCCUCCUAUUAAAACCAACAUCCCAUAUAGGCUUUAUUCUUUAUCUUCCCUAAUUUGGUGCUUUCCAAGCCAUCUUUAAAGUGCCCUUCCUCCAAACCUAAAAAGUACUUCUUCGAUAAAAACUGCUACUCACCACAAACAUUCCAGUUUUUUUUAACUUAAAUUUCGCUUUUAUUGAAAGUCUCCCAUUUGGUAUAUUAAGUACAAAAUGUAGUACAGACUUCUCUCCAGAUUGUAAGUGGGACUCGGUAAUGAAAAAUGCCACCAGCCACUUUCGUAAUAAUGGCAUCUACUAUGCCAUCAUGUAUGCAAGCAAUAAAAUUCUUCAGGGUAUGUUUUUAUACUGAAAUUUUAAUACGAAUGCCUCUAGCCACAAGGAGAUAGAGAAUUAACUUCUAGAAAUGAUACUAUAACUUCUAGGGAAGAAAAGGGGAGGGCAUUAUUCCUUGGAUUCAAGUAACUGUCAAGGGCAUCUUUACUUUUGCAAAGUGAAAGAAUUAAGCACAUCUGCACUACGUCAUCAAGCUCCUUUCAUUUUCCGUGAAGUUUAACAUAACAUGCAGGUUGGCGUACUUACCUUCACCAGGUGACCUACCCCAAUUAAAAACAAAUACUCCAACCUAAAAAAGUACUAAACUUUUUACAAAAACCUUUUAAAUAUACCCUGUCCCAUACAUAGAUACACAUUUGGAUUUUUUAAAAGAGUACUUGUAGUAGUCAUGAGUAUAUAAAGAAAACGACAAGCUUCAUAGUGCUGCAGGGUUGCUAAAGACUCAUUGAUGCCUUUAAAAACCGUAUAUCAAAAAUACUUCUGUGAGUUCACAGUUAUGUUUUACUUUCUCUCGUCAACUUUGUGGAAACAGGGUGGUUGUUUUCCCUUCAAAUUUUCGAUCCCACUUCUGAUUAUAUUUAAAGCCUUAAGUUCUUAUGCUGAGAAUAUUGUCUGUGAUAACUCUAAUUAUUAUCUUUCUGGACUAGAUAUGUCCAGAGGAAAGGGCACCAACAGGAGCAAAUAAACUUCUAAGGAACAAAGGUCUUAUUUUUUUUGCAGGUAUCCUCGCUAUAUUGCAGAAUAGAAGAUUAAAAUUUCUUACAUCACAUGAUAUUCGUGUUAGCGGGUCUAAGAUUAAGCACAUGGUAUUAAUAAGCUAAAAUUAACUCAAAAGGCAAGAAUGUCUUAAUGUUUUCAUUCUUCAAUUUUGUAUUCUUCAAGAAUGUAUUAAUAUAAAAACUGUGGCUAACCAGUUCUUAUUCUAUAGAACUGUAUUGACACCUGUAGUGGAUCGUGUUACUUCUUCAUUCUCAUCCAAUUUUAGUAGAAUCAAAUUGCUUUUUAUUUUCAUAUUACUACCUACUAUAGAUUCUUCAGAUUUAGAAAAUAUGAGUCUGAUAUAUAAAGACCACUAGAUCUACUUUUAAAACCCUUUCUGUGAAUUUAUGCAUAUAUGUAUAUAUGUAAAAACACUGUUGAUUUCCAAUUCUGUUUUUCCAUAGGAAUGAAAUUUUUAUAGAAAUUGUUCUCUUCACUUAAAUAUCUUAACAUGAAUUAUUUACAUGGGUUUUUAAUACAAUUCAUUCUUCUGUAUGCCCCGUAAUCAUAUUCUCAUGAGCAGAUAACUUUGCUUUCUUUACUGAUACAGUAAAGAGGAAUAAAAAAUUAGGAACUGAAAUAAGCAAGAGUGAACAGAGAGGUGGACAGAAAGAGACUGCUGAUCUCCUGAUCAGAGCAGUGUAUGUUAAGACAAGAGAAAAAUACUUUAAGUGAAGUAGGGAUAUGAACUAUAAAGUAGAAGUCUUUGUAAUAGCAUACUGAUGGGAUCUGUUGCCCCAGGUCUUUCUCUAUUACUUACCUUUUUCUUUAGGCUUAAAAGACUUUCAUCCUAUUGUGCCAUUUUCUGCACUGUUUUAUGAGGUAAAAAAUUCCUCUAAAGUCAAUCAUGGUUUUCUACUUUUUGGACUGAGCGCUUGGCAGAACUAGCACAUGGCUUCUACAAGAUAGUUUUUAACUCAUUGGAGUCACUGAGGGUUACAUGAUGGUAUCCUUCUUCCUAAAAUUUGUUAUGGUAGAUUUAGUGAGAGAGUAAAUCAAGAAAUCUCAUUGUAGCAUAUUUUAAUAAGUAAAUACCAAAUACAUAGAGUGAUAUAUACACAGGUUUGGAAAGAAACACAGUAGUCUGUGGGGACCAUUAUGAUAACAGAAUUGUAUUAUAUAUUACAUAUUAUGUGGAUAUUGGAAUGUAUCGCUUUGGGGGAGGGGUCUCCAUUCAUUAGCAAUCAUAUCUGUAUAUAAAACUUUUUUUUUUUAACCAAACUAGCAUUUUAUUUUGUGAGUGACAAUUGACUGAUAUUUUUGAGUAAGUGUUAUCUGGGUUUUUGAAUUGUUGACUGGUCAGUUUGAAAAGGUAUGUUAUCAGAAUUUUAGAGUUAACUCCAAUGUGAAAAAAGCAUACACAAAAAGUAAUUCUUUUCUAGCUAUAUGAAUGUAAAAUAUUUGCAUAUAGUGUAUAUAUUGUGUAACAUAUGUAUAUUUGGUCACAAAGGCAUAGAAUUGGAAACAUUGUAAAAUUAAGCACUUUAAUUCCUAUUAAAUAUUAAGCAUUUGUAUCUUGUAAAUAAAUACAUCCUUAAAUGAA